AUGUAUGUUCAUAGGUGUCGUUUCGUUGAAUAUAUGCCAGCAGCUAUUAAUGCUCUUGCAUUUACACCAAGUACUACUAAACCAUUGAUCGCAUGUGGCCGAGCUAAUGGGGAUAUCGAAAUAUGGAACCCACUUAAUUUGCACCUGGAAAAGAGAAUAUUAGGUGAAUUAAAUACUUCUGUGGAAGCAAUUACAUGGGCACAUAAAAUAACUUUAACGGAAGCGGAUAAGAUAACUUAUAAUACACAAGCUAAACGGGAUAAAACUUUAAAAGAGUUAACCACGGAAUGGGACACGAUAAAAUUAAGUUGUAAGAAAUUCAUUGGUUCACAUGGGGGAGCAAUUUGGUGUAUGGCUGUUAAUCACGCGAAUACAUUAAUUGUGAUGAUGGAGCAAGCAAAAGUAAUGUCUUUAACUUGGGAUAUAAAAGACAAACAUAUCGUAUUUAGAGCUUCAGAUAGUAAGAUAAUAAAAUGGAAUGUUGAACAAGGUAUUAAUAAUAAGGGAAAGGGACUAACAAUAAAUGAAGAAACUAUUGUAUGGGCAAUUCAAGUGCUUAAAGAUGACACUAUAGUAAAUGGCGACUCACUCGGUCACGUAUGUUUUUGGGAAGGAACAUUUGGAAAUAUGAAACAAGAUCUUGGAGCUCAUGACGCCGAUGUUUUAUAUCGAAAAUGGUUUGUAUAUCGGAUUGUGUCUCAACCAAAAUCAUAUAGUAAAGAUAAUUCAGUACCAAAUGAAAGACAUUGGGUAAAGUGGGGUAUAGCCGUUAUCAUGUGCAUUGAUCUUGGUCAAGCAGUGAUUCAGUCAAAGAUAGACGCUACAUCAUAUAUAAUUGCAAAAAUAAAUUCACAGCAAAUGGUCUCAUUUAUAGUUACUAGAGUUGCUGAACUUUCAAUCUCAAUAUAUGUAGAAUUGACAUAUGAAUAUCCUAAAUAUCUUGAUAAUACUUACACAUAUUCACAACUAUUUUUAGAUCCACCUUAG